GCGGUGCCGUGCAUGACGGACAACUUCUGCUACGUCCUGGUCGACGCCAGCGGCCCGGGCCUCUCCGGGGGCCCCCUCUCGGCGUGCGCGGUGGACCCGGCGGACGCCGCCGCCGUCGUCGAGGCGCUGGCGCACCUGUCCCAGACGUUCUACGCCGAGCACGGCGGCCUGCGGCUCGAGGCUGUUCUCUGCACCCACAAGCACUGGGACCACGCCGGCGGCAACGCCGACCUGGUGCACGCCGCGGAGGCGGCGAAGAGGGCGGAGGUGGCGGCGCUGGCGGCGGCCGCCGCCCCGCCGGCAGGCGCUGGCUCAUCAGACGGCGUCGCGGUCCUCACUUUCGCCCACCCGCUGCACGUCUUCAGCGGCGAGCACGAGUACGUCCCAGCGUGCUCGCGGCCCAUGCGGCAUGGUGAGUGCUUCUGGGUGGGCGGCCUCAACUUCGAAGUUGUUGCGUCUCCAGGCCACACUUGCGGCAGCAUCAUGUUCCGACUGGCCAACUCCGCGGCGUCCGCGGCGGACCUGGGUGCUGGGAGGCCGCACGAGGCGGACGGCUCCCGGGAGGCGCUCUUCACCGGCGACACGCUGUUCUCGGGUGGCUGCGGAGCGCAGUUCGAGGGCUCCUCCCUGGACACGGAGCACUGCUUCGCCACCAUCCUGGCGGCCUGCGGUCCCGGUACUCUGCUGUUCCCAGGCCACGAGUACACCUGCAGGCUGCUGGGGCAGCGUGUGCUGGACGCCGCGGAGACGUGGGCGCCGCGCGAGCCGCCCGGGCAGUUCUUGAACCUCUGCGGCGCCUUCUACGCCGCGGCGCACCGCCAGACACUGCGUGACAGGGUGCCCACCGUGCCCUGCACGCUCGCCAGCGAGCGGCUGGUGAACCCCAACUUCGACCGGAGCCUCAGGCGCCAUGCGGACGUGCUGCUGGCCUUGCUGGAGGCUCAGGCCGGCCCCGCCGCCGAGGCCGCGGGCGGCGCCGCCUCCUCGGCGCCCCUCCUCGCCCGCAGCGGGCCGGGGCCGCCGGCAGUUGCCGCCGAGGAGCCGCCGGGCGCCUUGCAGCCAGGGCGGGGCGCCGGCGAGGGCUCGUCGAGCAGCUUCCUGACGCGCGGGGGCUCGUGCGACGACCUGCCCCCCUUCGCCUUCUACUACCGUGCCGACAUCGAGCUGCUGCGCAGGCAGCUGGCGGGCGGCGAGAUCAGCGGCCCCGCGGCGGCGGCGCGGCUCGCGGAGUGCGAGCGGCGGGUCUUCGGGGCGGCCCUGCUCACGGGCGAGGGCGACCUCUUCAGCGACGAGGGGCUGCUGCCCCAGGAGGAGGACCCGGAGACGCGGUGGGCCCGAGACCCCCUCGCACCGCCAGGGCAUCGGCGAGAUACACAUAGACAA